UUUUUAUAUAUUUCCAAGAACUUUUUUUUCUUGAUUUUCUUGAUCGAGAAAAAAAAAUGUUUUCAAAUCUACUAUACUAUGACGCUAAGGAUGUGUGUAAACUGCGGCGAAGCUGAGCCGGCCAUUCUUGCUUAUUUUCAGUACAAACAUAACUAUUUAGUAUGAGCUACUCAGUGUGUGUUGUGUGUGUGUGUGUCUGAGCAUGCGGGAAAACUUUUGAAUGCCGCUGAAACAGUUCGUCCAGCUCAGAAGUAGAAGUCGCUUCCAAAGAAACGCAUUCUGUGGUAUGUAGCUUUGACAAAGCUUUUUUUCAUUGUUCUAGCUCAGCACACGUUGCUGCAGCUUUUGCAUCCAAUAGAUGGUACAGUCAUUCAAUAGAACAUAGAAAGAGUUCGAAUUCGAAUUGAUUAUUGUGAUAAUACAUGUGACAAACGUGAUUUUCAUUUUGUGUGCCUGUGUGAGUAAAACUGAAGCUGAGCUGUAUGGCUUCUUUUCUUAUCGAUAUCGAUGAACAAUAAUAAGUAUGCUGUUUGAUCAAUAAGUUGAUGUUGGAUUUACGUAACAUUUUCAAAGGUGUCAGGUACAAUACAAAAGUCAUGGCUGACCCUGCGGUACCAAACCGAAAGCCGGAAGCAAAACGCCGUGCAUAGAAAUCCACCGUCUGGCACGAAGCGUUAAAAUUGACACCUUUGGCUGGAUGCCAAGCAGGGGGGCGGCGCAGCCGACCUCCAGUUAUAUUGACCGUCAAGGAUUUAUAUCUUUGACUGGAUACCAAGCAGGGGGGCGGCGCAGCCGCCACCCCUGCGGGUAUCCAGCUCUAUUGACCUCAAGAAAUCAUACCUUUGGCUGGGUACCAAGCAGGGGGGGCGGCGCAGCCACCACACCUGCGGGUAUCCAGCUAUAUUGAUUGUCAGGAGUCAGCCCCGCAGGGCCAGUCUGGGGCAGGCGCGAAGCGCCUGUACCGGGCUGGUAAUAAUUAUAUGUCGCUUAAAUUUCCACUGUAAACUGCAAUUUUUACACUCUGCAAGUAUAAAAAACUGUAUUAACUUGGCAUUUGAUGCGGGGAAGCCGAGCUGGACAUUCCUAAUUAUUUUCAGUACAAACAUAACUAUUUAGUAUGAGCUACUCAGUGUGUGUUGUGUGUGUGUGUCUGAGCAUGCGGAAAAACUUUUGAAUGCCGCUGAACAGUUCGCCCAGCUCAGAAGUAGAAGUCGCUUCCAAAGAAACGCAUUCUGUGGUAUGUAGCUUCGACAAAGCUUUUUUUCAUUGUUCUAGCUCAGCACACGUUGCUGCAGCUUUUGCAUCCAAUAGAUGGUGCAGUCAUUCAAUAGAACAUAGAAAGAGUUCGAAUUUUUCGAAUUGAUUAUUGUGAUAAUACAUGUGUCACACGUGAUUUUCAUUUUGUGUGCCUGUGUGAGUGUGUAUUUGAUGAAAUCUUGCCUGAAGACUGCAUUUAUUGGAAUGAUUUGUUCUGUGUUUUUGUUUUCAUGAUUUAUUAUCUACUCAUCGCUUGCUUUUUUUCAUUUAAAAUAAAGAAAAUGGAGCAUUUACGAUAUUGCAGAAAGCCACAGCGGUCGACGAUUCAAUGUUGAGUGUCUUCAUGCGAUGAACCCACAAGGUUAUCCUAUAGGAUCUAUAGACACAAACUUGGAUUAAACAUUGGAUCGAUUAUCAUGUUCAGUCGCAAUAUUGAACCACAAAGUGGUUUGCUCAAUGGCACGCGUUUAUUUGUAAAUAGACGCAGCAUUGAAGCUCGAAUAUUGACAAGGAGGCUAUGAUUCAUUUUGCAGCAAAACGAUCGAGAUCUUAAGCUACCAUUUAAAUUGGUUCGUGGACGAUUUCCUGUCGUAUUGGCUUUUGCUCUGACAAUUAAUUAAUGUUUUAAGGGAAAUCUUUCGAUAAAAUAAGUGUGUACCUUCCUACACCAGUAUUGCAACAUGGAAUGAUUUAUGUGGCUUUUUGCCGCUGCAAAAAUCCUAAUAAUCUGAAGAUUUUUGUUCAUGAAAUUGAGGAAAAUAUCAACAAUGACCACAGUAUCUAUACCAAAAAUAUCGUAUUUCUUCAACUUUUUGAUUAGCAAUAAUAAUUAUGCUGUUCGGUGUACGCAACUUUUUCAACGGUAUCAGGUGCAAUGCACAAGUGAUGGCUGACCCUGCGGUACCAAACCGAAGGCCGGAAGCAACACGCCGUGCAUAGAAACCCACCGUCAGGCACGAAGCGUUAAAAUUGACACCUUUGGCUGGGUACCAAGCAGGGGGGGCGGCGCAGCCGCCACACCUGCGGGUAUCCAGCUAUAUUGACCGUCAAGGAUUGAUACCUUUGACUGGAUACCAAGCAGGGGGGGCGGCGCAGCCGCCACACCUGCGGGUAUCCAGCUAUAUUGACCGUCAAGGAUUGAUACCUUUGACUGGAUACCAAGCAGGGGGGCGGCGCAGCCGCCACACCUGCGGGUAUCCAGCUAUAUUGACUGUCAGGAGUCAGCCCCGCGGGCCAGCCUGGGGCAGGCGCGAAGCGCCUGUACCGGGCUGGUAAUAAUUAUUAUGGCAAAAAUAUUGCCAAAUCUGGCCAAUCUGAUGAUUUGAAUUUUUGGACGUUUUCAGUAGAACAACUAUUUAGAAAAUCAUCAUCAUCAUCAUCAUUAUUAUUGUCAUCAAAAUCAUCAAUAACUUCGAUGUCAUCAUCAUUUUCUUCACUAUCACCAUCAUCAUUAUUCAAAAUGGCCACAAUCAAUAUAAUAUUGGCGAUUUUAUUCAUCAAUUUAAUGGUAAUACAAAUAACAAUUGCACAAUCAACAGCCGUAAAUAGUGCUACUACUGCUACUAGUACUACUGGUAUCAGUAGUACAGAUUUAUUGAUACGUGAUAUUCUAUUAAAUCAAUCAUCAACAUAUUAUAAUGAUGAAUUAAUAUUGGAACAAAUGUUAGCCGCAGCCAAUAUGUCACAGCCACCGCCGGAAACAUGGCGUGCAAUUGUUAACCUGUUGACAAGAGGAGUGAAUGUAACACAUUUACAAUACCAUCUAUUGAAUAAUAAUCGAAAUAAUCAAAAUGAUUCACAUGAUGAUCAAUCAAUAAAAUCGAAUGAAAAGAAAACUAUUUCAUUAUUGACAUUAAAACAUGAUGAUGCCGGUGGCAUGAAUAAUGGCCAUCAUUCAAUUCAACAACAACAACAACAACAACAAGAUGGUGAUGAUGAUCAAAAUUUAACCAUAAAAAAAUCAACAAAAUCACAUAUUGAAUCAGCUAUCGAUGAAUUUCCAUCAGAUUUCAUGUCUGAUGAAUUUCGAAAUAAAGGUGGAUUUAUUGUUCAUAUCGCUAUUUUUGUUUAUCUAUCAUUAGCAUUGGCUGUUAUUUGUGAUGAUUAUUUUCUUAAAUCAUUGGAAUAUAUUAGUGAAGCACUUCAUUUGCCAUCAGAUAUUGCUGGUGCAACAUUUAUGGCAAUUGGAACAUCAGCGCCGGAAUUAUUUACAUCCGUAAUUGGUGUGUUUAUUUCUGAAAAUGAUAUCGGUACCGGUACAAUUGUCGGUUCAGCUGUUUUCAAUUUGAUCGCUAUACCUGGUGCUUGUGGAUUUGCUGCAUAUUAUAAUCUGAAAAAUAUGCCAAAAAUCAAUCCAUUUCCGAUCAUACGUGAUACAAUAUUCUAUGUGUUGACAAUAAUUACAUUGAUACUUUGCAUAAAAGAUAAUCGCGUUGAUUGGAUUGAAUCGAUAACAUUGAUUGCAUUAUAUAUUGUUUACAUUAUUAUCAUGUAUUUUAAUGCACAAAUAUCACAUGUUGUUGGUAAAUCCGAAAAAUUUCGUCGUCAUUCAUCAUCAUCAUCGUCAUCAGAUCCAUAUUUGAAUGGUGAUGUUGAUGAAAAAUCGUCUAGACAACAAAGACGCAAAACAAUUGAUUUGGGUGUCAAUGCCACAAACGAAUCACAACCAUUAUUGUUGACCGAUGAUAGUGUUAAACGUUUAUCACCACCGCCAGCAUAUCAAUCAGGUGGUUCAACAUAUGUUUCACAACAACAGCAAAUAAAUCCAUCAACAGCAACUAAUGAACAAUUGGAUUUAUCGAAAAUUCAUCUAACACUGUCUGAGAAUGGAAAAUUUAAAGAAGUUAAAUCAGGUGGAAAUCGACGAAUGUCACAAUCGAUCACAACUAAUCGUAAACAAUCAUCAGAAAUUAUCGAUCUGGAACAACAAUCAAUUGAUGGCAGUGGUGAUGAUGAUGAAACAGAUGCCGAUUGGUCUGGACAUCCAUUUAUUCAAUUUUUAUUGUUUCCAUUUAAAAUUAUAUUUUUCAUCACAUUACCGAAGCCAACUCGUUUCUGUUUUGUUAUCACGUUUGUUUCAUCAAUCAUGUGGAUUGCAUGUCUUACCUAUUUUAUCGUAUGGAUGGUUACAUUAGUUGGCUAUACAUUGGGAAUACCGGAUACUGUGUCUGGUAUAACCGUAUUGGCAGCUGGUACAAGUAUACCGGAAUUAAUUUCUAGCUAUUUGAUUGUCAAAAAAGCUGGAUUAGCUGAUAUGGCCAUUUGUAAUUCGAUUGGAUCGAAUAUUUUUGACAUAUUAUUCUGUUUAGGAUUACCAUGGCUAUUGAAAUCAUCUAUUGUUAUCGUUACUAAUGGUUUUGGUCUUGCCACAUUGGCCAGUAGUUAUAUACCAAUACAAUCGACAGCAUUACCGAUAACAUCACUGACAUUAUUAUUGACAAUCGGUGCAAUGAUAAUGAUAUUUCGUCUAUCUAGAUGGCGAUUAAAUCUAAAGCUUGGAAUACUUUGUACAUUGGUUUAUAUUGUUUUUGUUGUUACAUCAACAUCGUUGGAAUUCAAUGUUUAAUAUAAUGGCAAAACCAAUGAAAUAAUCCAAGAAUGGAACAUA